UGUAGGGGUGGUGAUAGGGGCAGCUUCAAAGACAACAUGAGCAGCAGCAGGUCGAGGGAAGGCACUGAAGUAGGGAGGAAGAGGCAGAUGGAGAAAACACAGUGAGUGAGGGGGAAAAAAGAGCAAGAAGGGAAAGCUGGGAGGGUGGGAGAGCAGACUGCGAGAGAGAGAGAGAGAGAGAGGGAGGGGAGGUUUAUCCAGCAGCGCUGAUGAGACAGAAGUUUCAGCUCUGCGCGUCGCACACGGCCAGGACAGAAGAGACCUUGCGCAUACAUACAGAUAAGAUGCUGCUCCCAGCCGGCCUGUUGAUUGGUCUGCUGUGCCUGAAUCGCGUGGGCAGUGCGUGGGGUUUUGCCCGUCUGCUUGAUGAUGUAGAGCUGCGCUCAGCUUUCUCAGUCGCUCGCACCAGCAGCAUGGAAGGUGGGCCGAAGAUGACGGUGACCUUUGACUCUGUUUACGUCAACAUCGGUGGGGACUUUGAUGCCAAGUCAGGUCUGUUCCGCUGUCGUAUCCCCGGAGCCUACUACUUUUCCUUCACCGUGGGAAAGUUUCCACAUAAGGACCUGUCUGUGAUGCUGAUGAAAAACAGGAAUGAGGUGCAGGCCAUUGUGUAUGAAGAAAAUGCAGGGGAGGAGAGGAAGGUGCAGAGCCAGAGUGUGAUGCUGCAGCUGGAGUUUGGGGACACUGUCUGGCUCCGUCUCCAUGGCGACCCUCGCUACGCGCUGUACAGCAACACCGGACACUACACCACCUUCAACGGUUACCUUGUGUACCCCGAUGUCUACGGCUACCAAACGCACCACCUUCACCACCAGCAGCACGGCGACUCCGAGCAGCCACUGCAAGACAACAUCCCACUGCCGAGCGACAACCAGGCCACGGAUCAUGUCAGACCUGGAAUGACGGAUGGGGAGAAGGAGCUGCAAAUGAAAGAGGAAGAAGAGGAGGACGAAGAGGAUGACCAGAGAUCUGCUUUCUCGGUGGGGCGCACCCAAAGCAUUGUGGGCGUGAACCAACUGGGCAUGCCGCAACACCAGCCGGUGAGCUUCGACACUGCAUUUGUUAACAUAGGGGAAGACUUCAACGUGACGGAGGGAGUGUUCACCUGCCGCAUUCCCGGGGCGUACUACUUCUCCUUCAACGUGGGCAAGAUGCCACAGAAGACACUGUCCGUCAAACUGAUGAAGAACCGCCUGGAAGUGCAAGCGAUGAUCUAUGACGAUAGCCAAGGUGAGAAAGCUCUGCAAAGCCAGAGUUUGAUGCUGUCACUGAAACCAGGGGACACAGUCUGGCUCUACUCCCACCAGAGAGAUGGAUUCGGCGCCUACAGCAACCACGCUAAGUACAUCACUUUUACCGGCUUCCUGGUAUACCCACAAUUUCCUGCUGCCGCCACCACCAAUACUGCCACCAGCCAAUCAUAUGCAGACAAGAAACCCUAGCUGCAGCACCUUGGAUAGGCACCGAACAUUUCUGGAGGAAUUCAUGCAAGAUGGAAAAGUCUCAGAUUUCACUGGAGGUACUGGGGAGCCGUACUCCAAAUGAAUGCUGGUUUGUGGCUGUCUUUCUGCUUCAUAUGAAUUCCUUCACAAAGUCACAGGGACUCGGACUGAGUGCAGCGCUUACAACAAAAUCAAUGUUCAGCCAGUGGCUUCCCAGGAUAUGACUUUAGCCGAUGCGAAUAUUUAACUCUUUAAUGAAAGUUCAGUGGUUAUCACCCACUCACUCCUGUGUUAGCUCAUCAGUUAGCGUCCAUGUCUUUUAUACAGCUCAAACCCACUCAGAGUGAGAUUCAGAAAUGCUCUGUGAUAUACUGUUAAUAAUUAUUAUAUGAUUGGAUGGAUACUUGGACAAGACGGUGGACUGCUAAGGUGGAAUGCUAGCAAGCUAACUUGCAAGUUAGGCAGCAAACAUAGGUUAGCGAGCUGCAUGUGCAGUCACAGAUAUCUGAUAAUUAAUGCCAACUGUUAGAAAGUCACUCACAAACACUGAAUCCAAGGCGGUGCAAUAAACACAGCAAGUUAUUUUUUAGGCAAUGAAAACGCCCCAAAAGACUCGCUAUAAUGACAAAGAAAAAAAUUGAACCCAACUCUACACCUGCGUAUUUCUGCUGCACUGAAACUGAGUUGUUUCUGUUGUCAGGCCCAAGUGGCUCAUAGAUUUGGCUUUGUUAGCUUCUUUUUUUAGCAGAGGCUGCUGCUCGUUGCUGCUUGAUGAUUUUAAGUUGCUGACAGAUAAACACAUAUGUUACUUGCCAACUACAGUGCAAAAUGAAGUGAUUAAAUGAGGCGACUUUAGUUAAAGUGUUAUAAAAAUGAUUAUUCAAUGUUGACAGUUGGCCAGUGCGUACCACAGUACAUCGUCCUUGUACAGUCUUUAUAUUUGAUAGCAUUCUGAACAUAAGCUCUUGCUCUGAAGAGAAACUUGUAAGCAUGUUUUGAUAAAUGUGCAGUAAAUGUUCUGUGUAAUCUACUGCAGAAUUAUAAAGGAAGGAUUAAACUGCAAAGCGAUGUACUUAAUUCCAUUACAUUGAGCAAAAUGAAAAUUCAGACUGCAUGCACAUUUCAGUCUGAGCUGUAGACAAGGCAGUGAGCCAUAAAGUUGUGGUAGAUGAUCACUGAAUUUUUCAUUUUUUUGAGGAAAAUAUUCCUCCAAGUGCAUUUGUUACCCUCGUCCAAGGUGUUUCUGCUUGUAAAGUGUCUUUACUUUCUUUGUCUAUAGAGGCAUGUAAAUUGAUAUGAAAUCUGUGUGUUUUGUGUCAAAAUGAGUCUUUUUUUUAAAGUUUGGUGUUUCUCGCCCAAAUAUCGGCCGCAGGAGGAGCAGAGCGCGACGGGAACAAACUGACGUAGCUGUAGAAAUGUGCAGACUCCAUAUCCAUCCGACUGUUGACCACAUGCCACCUCUGAGCCUGAGGGGAUCUGGACCUUAAUUUGAUUUCUAAUUCUAGCAGCGCUUAAUUCAUGUCUUCAGAACCACUGUGGGGAAAAUUUAAUUGCUUCUCCCGGCUGCUAUAAUAUGCAUGUCUGUUUAAUUUCACGCCACAGGGGAAACGAUGAUGCUUUUCAAGUUGUGAUGAACCUUGACUUUAUGAAAUCACCUUCUGUGUUGGAAAGGCAACAUGUGAAAUCAUACUUCACUUUUACUGAACAUUUACAUUUUUAUUACAGUUAACUGGCUGUAAAUUCACAGGAAUGAGAUUCUCAUAUAACCAAUGAUCUAAACCAGUGGUGUCCAACUCCAGGCCUCGAGGGCCGGUGUCCUGCAGGAUUUAGAUCUCACCCUGGGUCAGCACACCUGAAUCACAUGAUUAGUUUGUUACCAGGCCUCUGGAGAACUUCAGGACAUGUUGAGGAGGUCAUUUAGCCAUUUAAAUCAGUUGUGGCCCUCGAGGCCUGGAGUUGGACACCCCUGAUCUAAACACACCAGUGUUUUAAAAAAAAUGCAAAUUUGCUUCCUGAAGACUAAAAUAACAAAUCAACAUUAGUUUCAUUAAUCAGUAUUUUGGUGGUAAUGAACAGUUCACUCUCACAGUAAACGACAUUUAACACAACACAGUUUGUAAAGCUUGUAAAGCUGUGGGUGGAGAAGUUCACAUUUAAAUAAGACAUAAUCUAUGAUGUCCACAUCAUAACCAGUGAAUCAGAGAUCUCGGACAACUGCCGAUCCUGAGCCACACGGAAAAAUCUCUAUUAAAAAUUAAUUAGCUCAAGAAACUAGUGGAAAGCAGUAUCAUACUCUUGUGUAUAAACACUUCCUCUUCCUCCAGUGUAGUGCAUUUAGACUGAAGCACCACAGCAGGGGUAAUCAUCGCGUGGGUAGCCACGCUUCAGCUGGCAGGCUGAAUGGCAGUGAAUGUUGCAGCCAAUACACGUAACUCCUAAAAUAAUCCAAACAGCCACACUAUUAAUAAACUAGAUGCCCGUUAACUCGCUGCAGUCCUGCCAGUUUUACCGGCCCUUGGAGCGCCGCAGUGGUGAAAGAUUCAUUGGAAAGAAACAUAAACAGUGGGCUGGUGCAAAGUCAUUUGGACUGAUUAGAAAAAAAUACAAGCUGCAUUAUAAGAAGCAUGCAACCCUUCAUGUAUCCCUGAAUUCUGACUAUCCCUCAUCUGGCAGUAAUGUGAUUAGUGGCUAAUAUUAAGUGCAGAAAUUUCUAACCACACACUCCGUGGCAAAGGAAGAGACAGAAAUGAGAGUGUGCAGCCGCAGGAAGUCACAUCAAAUGGACCAAGCUGUGGAAAGCUGUGCUUUAAAAUGAUGAAAACCUGAAGAGAUAAACCUGAAAAUGUUCCCAACCGACAGCGUUAGAGUAGUGGAAAGUAAAAAGAAAAGUGUUUGCUUCAUUGUCACAUCUUUUGGGCACAGGAGAAAUGAUUUUGCACCAGCUGGUCUCCGGCUUCAGGUGGCUCCACACUCACAGCCUCACUAAUCCACAAUUUCCUGUCCUUUACGGGCCGCACUCACUUCUGAGAAAUUCAGAAUAAUAUGCCUUUUUUUAAACAGUAUGAAAUUACACUGUGAGCAUGGCUCAUUGCAGAUAUAUUCUGUCACAGUCGAACGCUUGGUGGUUUCAGCCUCAGUGAGGAGUGCACAGAAGUGGAACGCCUCAGUUCAGCUUUCAGAACCAUGACCAGUCUGCAAAGGUGUCCAGAAAUCCUGCACCAAACUCAUGUGAUGCAUGCAUUUAAGUGAAAUACAUGAAAAAGAUACUUUGUCACGAUUGCUGAGCAGCUUCACAGACCCAGUCGAUGCCUGCUGUGUACUUUUCUUGAUUAGUGACUUAUCUGUACAGUAACUGACGAUAUGUUGGAUGUUUCUGGUCUGUGCUUCUGUUUCUGAUAAUCCCCAUGGAAGACUGUGCAUUAGUAAAUAUGUGGCACAGACAUGGGUCAAAAUGUGCUCACUUUCUGGAACAGCAUCAUUUAACUCGGUAUGAUUGAAACUGAAAGUGUGACCCUGCUUAUGGGGAAAGAGAGCUCAGUUUGACCCACAGCCUGUCUGUAGCAGUCUGCCCCACGUUGACUCUUUCUUUGACGUGUUUCGAGUAUUUCUUAUUUGUAAAAUGAAUGCUUCAAUGAAGAUGUUUGACAAAAUAAAAAAGAAACAAAGG